AUGAAUCCAGCUCUGGACGUUGCGAGCCGUGCCGAGAUUGACGAUAUUGGAUAUCGGCAAUCACGCCAACGUUCUUUCGGUCAAUGUCCUCUUCAGAGUACCAACCUGGUAACAGGACCCACUUCAUGGUUCAAAGGACAGUCCUGCUCCUUUGAGAUACCGUUGAUCAGGUUCUUGUUGAUAAACCUAAUGAGCAGAACAAAUGCGAAAAAUAGUAGGAUCGAUGAUAUUACGCUUGCCAUGUAUCAAGAAACAACCUGUGUCUCUCGACCCAUGGGGUUAAACCAGUUGACUCAAUUUCUCAAGGAAGUAUGUGCAUCUCCAAGUCAUCUUUACCCAGGCGCAGGCCCUGGGGUCAAUUUCCCAACGCCAUCCAGCGUAAUGGCCACGAUGGCUGAUGCGUUGAGCGGUAACGGUUCAUCAUCUAACAUCGACGACCAUCUGAGGACAGUACCUCCAAGGCUCUUUACGCAUUUAUCCAGUUUUUUCACAGAGAAACCGGACGAUAAGCUGGUCAUAUUUCAGUAUGAUUGCUUCAGUCACGGUUUGGAACAAGCACUGUGA